GUACGUCAUACAAGUCUCAAAUGUGUCCUCAGCUGAUCCGGGCUCAGCGUGUGAAGAAGACUGGCUCCCUUUCGGCUCCAGUUGCUACAAGAACAUGGAGACCCCCAACGGUUGGCUGGGGGCUCGGCACGACUGCGUCUGGGAGGGCGGCGACCUGGUCUCCGUUGCCUCGUCGGCCGAGGAAGCCUUCGUGAAGGGGAAAAUGGGCGACGUCCCUUUCUGGAUGGGACUCUCCAAUCUGAAUUGCGACGAGGCUUGGUGUCAGUAUGACAAGGAGCAAAAGAAGCUGACUUGGUCCGAUGUCCGCGUGACUGUGACCUACUCCAACUGGGCUAAAGGUCUAAACGGAAACUCCGACGUGGAGUCCUGCGCGUACGUCAACCUUGGCGUGUACAGCAGAAAUGAGCAAGGAAAGUGGCGACACGGCUCGUGCGGAUCCUCGUUGCCAUACAUGUGCAAGCGCUCGCUGGACGACUGCCUGGAGGGCAGGCAGUGUUCCUUUAAAGUCUUCGGUUACGAUCGAGUGGAGACUUCCUCCUGCGACCCUGGCGACUUUCUGUUCGAUGACUCUUGCUAUCAUUUUGGGCGGGAGGAGAUGAUUUGGCAGCCCGCUGAGGACUUCUGCAAGGGACGCAAAAGUCACCUGGCCAGCGUCCACUCACAGGACGAAGUCAAUUUCUUGGGUGCUCACAUUGGGCGCGCUGAACGUGGUUGGGUGGGACUCGCGAGGAAGAAUGUCAAUUAUGAGUAUACUGAUGGAACAUCUAUCGACGACACCCCACGAUUGCAAUUUUUCAAGUACAACUGCAUAGCUGUCUUCUAUGGUCCUCUACUUGAUGACUAUGGCUGCACCAACAACAAUCCAGCCAUCUGCAAAAAAGCCAAGGUCCGAAAGGCUCUUACUGCUCAUCCGUCGUCAAGAUUCAGGCUAGGCUGGAGCGAAAAGUGCGGCAGGUGGAUGGAGAACCCGGCCAACGACUUCUGCUACCUGAUCAGCCACAACCAGGACGUGACCUGGCAGGAGGCGCGAGACAAAUGCGUCGACCACGGAGGCGACCUUCUCAGCCUUGCCGACGACACUGAACAGAAGUUCAUACAAGAUCUGUGCGACAUUCCAUUGACUCUAUGGUUGGGCGCCAAUGCCGAGAUCACUGAAGGCAGCAAGUGGACUGAUGGAUCCCCGUUCAUUUACAAAAACCUGAAAGCAGAUAACGCCAGUGACGCCACUGGCGGACGCUGCCUUUCCUUGCUCACUGCCGACGGCGACUGGAAAUUUGACCAAUGCCGAAAAAACAGCAGCUACAUCUGCAAGAGAAGAGGAAGAGCCAUUCCUAAAUCAGCAUGUGAGAAGGGGUGGAGUCUUCACCAGUCCAGUUGCUACAAGAAGAUGGAGACCCCCAACGGUUGGCUGGGGGCUCGGUACAACUGCUUCUGGGAGGGCGGCGACUUGGUCUCCAUCGGCUCAUCGGACGAGGAAGCCUUUGUGAAGAAGGAAAUGGGCAAGAACCCCUUCUGGAUCGGACUCUCCAAUCUGAAAUGCGACGAGGCUUGGUGUCGGUAUGACAAGGAGCAAAAGAAGCUGACUUGGUCAGAUGCUCGUGAGACGAUGACCUACUCCAACUGGGCUCCAGGUCAAGUUGGAAGCUCCGAUGUACAGUCCUGCGCGUACGUCAACCAAGGCUCGUGGACCGAGAGUCAGCCAGGAAAGUGGCGACAAGCCUCGUGCGGAUCCUCGUUGGCGUUCAUGUGCGAGCGCUCGCUGGACGACUGCCCAGAAGGCCGGCAGUGUUCCUUGAAAGACUUUGGUUACGAUAGAGUGGAGACUUCCUCCUGCGACCCCGGCGACUUCCUGUUCGACGACUCUUGCUAUCAUUUUGAGUGGAAACGUAAGAAUUGGCAGGCCGCCGAGAAAUUCUGCAAGGGACGGGAUGGUUACUUGGCCAGCGUCCACUCAGAGGACGAAAACAAGUUCUUGGCUGCUCACGUACGAGAUGAUAAAGGAUAUUGGCCUUUCAUGGGACUCAAGAAGAACAAAGACAACAAAUUUUCCUGGAGCGACGCAACGUCUGCAGACUACAUCACGCUGAGGGGAGAACAGUCUACAGGACGCGGUGACUGCUUUGCUCUGUCAGCUUCUGGACGAUUUCAUCAGUGGCCCUGCACUGAAGAGCAGCCAUCUGUCUGCAAAAAAGCCAAAAUCCGAGAGGCUCGCCAUGAUGAGCCGCAAGCAGGCUGGAGCGAAAAAUGCGGCUCGUGGGUGGAGAACCCCGACAGCGACUUCUGCUACUUGAUGAACCACAACCAUGCCAAGACCUGGCAGGAGGCGCGAGACGACUGCGUCCACCUUGGAGGCGACCUGCUCAGCAUCACCGACAACACGGAGCAGCAGACCAUCAUACAAGGUCUGGCCUUCGGUUUUAAAAACGCUUCUUCUCUGUGGUUGGCCACCAACACCACGAUCACUCAAGAGGGCUGCAAGUGGACUGACGGGUCUCCCUUUCGUUACACCCACUGGACCACAGAUAGCCCUAGUAAAUCCUCUGCUGAAAACUGCCUUUUCUAUAACAUUGAAAGUGAACUGGGAAAAUGGGAAUUUGACAACUGCCAGAAGAAGAGAAACUACAUGUGCAAGAAAAGAGCCAAAGGACAUAAACCGGAACCUCCACGCCAUGACGGUUUUCGGGAGAUCCUUGUGUGCAACCAGCAGAAGCACGUCGACCUCUUUUGUCAGAGUGAGGGUCAAAGCGUCAUCCGCAUCCAGUCGGCCUUCUAUGGACGGAGGAGCGGCAGCCUUUGUCCAACUCAGAACGCAACCAAGGAGACUUGUGUGGUGCGAGGAGCUCUCCCUCACUACAGGCAGAAAUGUGACAACCGUCAAUAUUGUCUUGCUGACCCUUUUGAGGGCGUCCGGGAGACCUGCCCUGCAGUCUCCAAAUACCUGCACAUGGUCUACAGCUGCGAACGGAAAGUGUGUCUUGACAGUUUGGUCGAGGCGGACAAGCGCAUCGCCGACUCAGCGUUUGAAGCCUCCUCCUCUAUGAGCGACACCAGCCCAGAGAAAGCUCAAUUGAGCAAGAAUUCCUGCUGGAGACCGUCACAAGAUCCCUCCACCAGCUGGAUCCAGGUGAAUCUCGGUCACGUGAGAAAGGUGACCGGGAUCGUCACCCAGGGCUGUCCUCAUACUGACCAAAGGUCCUGGGUCAUCGACUUUGAGAUGAAGAUUAGUUUGGAUGGCAAAAGCUGGACUGAUCACCCGGACGAAAAGUUUACCGGAGGGGGGGAGCACCGGUUUGGCUCUGCGUUUUCCGCUCAGUACGUCCGCAUCCUGCCGCUGGAGGACAGCGUUGACUUCGGCCUCAGCUUUGACCUCUUGGGAUGCGCACGUGACGAUGGGAUGACCUGUGACAGCACGUUCAACAGCCUCCACUUGACCAAGGCAAUGACGUUCCACUGCCCACCCAAGUGCGCCAACUCCAAACACAAUGUCACAGGAACCUUGGUCUACAAUAAGGUACGGGAUUGCUGA